UCGAGGCUAAAAUUACCCAGCAGCCCUCGGGGUCACAUUUCAUGUGAAGAGACGCAGCAUGAAGGACGGCUGCUACGCUGACACGGACGCUGAGCGGGAGGAAGUGUCUGCAGGUCAGAGGUCGUCCUGCCUGUGACAUCACGCGGCUGACAGGAAGUGGUCAUCAUGGUGGGCGUGGUGGCGUGCGGCGCGGUGGCGUCCAUCAAAGCUCUGUGGGAGACGAGGAUCAGGAAGAUCAGCCGGGAGGAAGAGGAGCAGAGGAAGAGGAGGAGGGGGGGCGGGGCCAGUGGCAGGCUGUGUGUUGGUGUUUGGGAGGACCGAGCGGUUCUGGCUCGGCUGAAGCAGAAACUGGAGACAGAAGACGGACGACUGAUCCUCCGGAUCCAGCAGGAGGACUGGAAGUCUCUGCCGGGCUGCCUGGUCCAGUUCAGCCAGGUCCAGGAGUGGCAGAUCCACCGGACCGGCCUGCAGAGCAUCCCUCCCUUCAUUUCUAGCUUCCAGAACCUUCUAGUUCUGGAUCUGUCCCGCAACAGCAUCACAGAGAUCCCCAAACAGAUUGGUAAGUACCCCCCUAACAGAUUGCGCGUGCUGAGCUACAACAGAGUCCAGUUUGUUCCUGAAGAGCUGAGCGGGUGUGAGAGUCUGGAGAGACUGGACCUGGCCAUGAACCGGUCCCUGGACUCGCUGCCGGACCAGCUGAGCAAUCUGAAGAAGCUGCAGCAUCUGGAUCUGUCCAUGAACGAGUUCUGCUGCGUGCCGGACUGCGUGGUCGCCCUGCCGGCCCUCCAGUGGCUCGACAUGGGGGGUAACAGGCUGCAGUACCUGCCGGAAGACAUCCACAGGAUGGAGGAGCUCCACUCUCUGUGGCUGCAGAGGAACCAGCUUGAGAAGCUUCCGGGGAACAUUGUGAGGAUGCAGCGCCUGGACACGCUGGUCCUCAGCAGCAACUGUCUCCGGGACAUCCCCCCUCUGAUGGAGGACAUGUCCAACCUCAGGUUUGUGAAUUUCAGGGACAACCCUCUGACUCUGGAUGUGAUGCUGCCGUGCAGGAAGACGAAGAACCCCGAUGAGGAAGAGGAGGAGGAGGAGGACGAGGAGGAAGAGGACAGAGAGAUGUUUGGACGAGAGUUCAUGCAGAUGUACAUCCAGGAGGCGAGGAAGAGAGCCUACGCUGUUCUCAACGUGCACCGGGCCAACAGCUGAGCCCAACGAUGACUCAGCAAACUAAAAUAAUCUGAAAACAUCCUCAUCAUCUCUUCAUAUAUGUUUUUAUAUAUUUAUAUUUCUGGAGGCUGAAACCUGUUCUAAAUCUGUGUAUGAGUCCAUGUUUGGUAGGUGUGAUCUGUUUAUAUAUUACUGUGUGAAAAUCAGCCAAUCAGAGAAAGCCUGAAGACGUGGAAACACUUUAAUAAAAAACAUGUCAACACACGUUCACUUUAACUCCAAAUAAAAAACCUUCUGUACAAAGUCAGUC